GUCAGAGCCGAAGCGACAGCGGCGGCCGCAGUCAGAAGGGCGAGUCGGCUGUAAGGAGAGCGAGUUCGCGGGCUCGGGUCGUAACGUUCCCCGGCAGAGCGGUGUCUGCGUGGCAGAAGUGCCACCAUGUUCUCUUUCAACAUGUUUGACCACCCAAUUCCCCGGGUCUUCCAGAACCGCUUCUCCACGCAGUACCGCUGCUUCUCCGUGUCCAUGCUUGCAGGGCCUAAUGACAGGUCAGAUGUGGAGAAAGGCGGGAAGAUAAUUAUGCCACCCUCAGCCCUCGAUCAGCUCAGCCGACUCAACAUUACCUACCCCAUGCUGUUCAAGCUGACCAACAAGAACUCGGACCGCAUGACGCACUGCGGGGUGCUGGAAUUUGUGGCUGAUGAGGGUAUCUGCUACCUGCCACACUGGAUGAUGCAGAAUUUGCUGUUGGAAGAAGGGGGCCUGGUUCAGGUGGAAAGUGUCAACCUUCAAGUGGCCACAUACUCCAAAUUUCAGCCUCAGAGCCCUGACUUCUUGGACAUCACCAACCCAAAAGCAGUAUUAGAAAACGCAUUGAGAAACUUUGCCUGUCUGACCACUGGGGAUGUGAUUGCCAUCAACUACAAUGAGAAGAUCUAUGAACUGCGGGUGAUGGAGACCAAGCCUGACAAAGCUGUGUCCAUCAUCGAGUGUGACAUGAAUGUGGAUUUUGAUGCUCCCCUGGGCUACAAAGAACCCGAAAGACAAGUCCAGCAUGAGGACUCCACUGAAGGCGAAGCUGACCAUAGCGGCUAUGCUGGAGAGCUGGGCUUCCGUGCCUUCUCCGGCUCUGGGAAUAGACUGGACGGGAAGAAGAAAGGUGUAGAGCCCAGCCCCUCCCCAAUCAAGCCUGGAGACAUCAAAAGAGGAAUUCCCAAUUAUGAAUUUAAACUUGGUAAGAUCACUUUCAUCAGAAAUUCACGUCCACUGAUCAAAAAGGUUGAAGAGGAUGAAGCUGGAGGCAGAUUUGUCGCUUUCUCUGGAGAAGGACAGUCAUUGCGUAAAAAGGGAAGAAAGCCAUAAGUUAGCCGAUUGGGAAAUAAAACACUCAAUUGCAACAUAAUGGCUUUUAGUUACUGGCUCUGACAGGAAUGAAACUAUUGCAAAGGAUGCUCUGUCACUUUAGGUUUGUUUAGAGCUACCUGAGAAUUGUCUGGUUUAGUCUGGAAGUGGGAUGCAGGACUUCGUGUUAUGUACUUGAAUUGGGUCCCAUAGGCGGCGGCCUCACCACUUCUUGCUUUCAGCCCUUGGGAGCACUCCCACUGACCCAGCAGGAGCUGAGUUCCCCAGUUCCUGAUAAAAAUCAAAGGAAGGGGUUGAAUUGCUCUAACUUGUGAUGUUCUUUUUAUUUUAUUUAUCCUUUCUUUUUGUGGAUCUGUAGCUUAGAUGUUGCCUUUGGCCUAAAGAAAAGUGGUUUAAAUAGAUUUGUGCUCUAUAAAUAGUUAUUCCAUUACUCUGGCUACAAUUAAGUAUUUGAGGAUGGGUUUUUCUGUUUUUAUUUUACUUUUUUUAACAAAAGAACCAUUCCUCAGAAGGAAAACCUGAUCUGAAAACAUUUAUACUUUCAGUUUUCAUUUCAAAAUAACUGGCUCCAUGAAUCUAUUCUAUUGGGGGGAAGGAGAGAACAACAAAACUUCAUGGUGAAACACAAAUGUGAAUAUUAGAAUAAAUAAAUGCUAAAGAUGGUCCUCUUUCUCCUUCCCUAUCUCCCACUCUCAGUUUAAUGUAUUAUCCAAUGUUCUGCUGGCCUGCAUAUUUUGUAUUGGUCUCAGAUCCUCACUUUCUAUAAAGCGAGAUCUUUUGACAUGUUAACCCAAUUAUUCUCAUCUCUUUUGUUCCUUGAGAGUAAUUCCAAAUUAAAUUUUCAAAUAAAAACAGGGAAAGACUAAAA